AUGAAACCCCUGCUGAAAGCCGUGUGUCGUGAGCUGGUGACGCAGAGCACAGUCCAGCAGUGUCUCAAACCUGAAAGAGCACUGGGUGGAGAUGGGCCAGGAGAGAAAGAAGGAUGCCAAGACAAGUCUGAUCAAGGCGAAGUUUAUUGCAGGCUUGAACCACUGGUAGUACUGCAGAACUGUCCCAGUGGGCAGUGUGUAUCAUCCAGAGACACUUAUGAUCGAUGGGACAUUCAUUUGUGUACUGUUGUUCAUUCAAGCUUGCAGGAAUGUAACAUGUUCAGAUCACAGCCACCUGGAAGUCAAACCAUGAAUUACAGCCUUGUCAUAAAUAUUAAUGCUGCUUUUUUGUAUGGUCUUGGUUUGGUCUACUUCUACUAUAAUGCAUUUCAUUGGGCGGUUAAAGCAUUUCAAGAUGUGCUUUAUGUUGACCCUAGCUUUUGUCGAGCUAAGGAAAUUCAUUUACGACUUGGGCUUAUAUUCAAGGUGAACACAGACUAUGAAUCUAGUUUAAAGCAUUUUCAGUUAGCAUUGAUUGAUUGUAAUCCUUGUACUUUGUCCACGGCUGAAAUUAAAUUUCAUAUUGCACACUUGUAUGAAACCCAGAGGAAGUAUCAUGCUGCAAAAGAAGCCUAUGAACAACUUUUACAGACAGAAAACCUUCCUGCACAAGUAAAAGCAACUGUAUUACAACAGUUAGGUUGGAUGCAUCACAAUAUGGACCUAGUAGGAGACAAAGCAAUCAAGGAAAGCUGUGCUAUUCAGUAUCUCCAAAAGUCAUUGGAGGCAGAUCCUAAUUCAGGCCAAUCUUGGUAUUUCCUGGGAAGGUGUUAUUCAAGUAUUGGGAAAGUUCAAGAUGCCUUUAUAUCUUACAGGCAGUCUAUUGAUAAAUCAGAAGCAAGUGCAGAUACAUGGUGUUCAAUAGGUGUACUCUACCAACAGCAGAAUCAGCCCAUGGAUGCUUUGCAGGCCUAUAUUUGUGCUGUGCAAUUAGACCAUGGGCAUGCAGCAGCUUGGAUGGACUUGGGUACUCUGUAUGAAUCCUGUAGUCAACCUCAGGAUGCCAUUAAAUGCUACUUAAAUGCAACUAGAAGCAAAGAUUGUAGUAAUAUUUCUACACUUGCAGCAAGAAUUAAGUUUUUACAGGCUCAGUUGUGUAACCUUCCACAAAGUAGUCUACAGAAUAAAACUAAGUUACUUCCUAGUAUUGAGGAGGCAUGGAGCCUACCAAUACCCGCAGAGCUUACCUCCAGGCAGGGUGCCAUGAACACAGCACAGCAGAACAUUUCUGAAAAAUGGAAUAGUGGUCAGAUUGCUUCACAUCAUCCAGUACAGCAGCAAGUUCAUUCGUGGUGUUUGACACCACAGAGAUUACAGCACUUAGAACAGCUGCGUGAAAAUGAGAAUAAUUUAAAUCCAGCACAGAGAUUGAUGCUGGAACAGCUGGAAAGUCAGUUUGUUUUAAUGCAGCAACAAAUGAGACAAACAGGAGUUACUCAGGUACAAACCACUGGAAUUCGUAAUGGGCCAGUAUCUGACUCAUCACUGCCUGCAUACUCUUUGCCUGGCCAGCAACCACAUGCAGCUUUGACCAGAGCAUCUAGCAUCUUUCAGUAUGGAGUUCGCCCUACUUGUCUUGAAAAGCAUUUGUCCAGUGGAUCUUUUUCUGCGGGCUCUGUUUCUUUCAGCACAUCAAAAACUCUAGGGAACACAGACACUAAUUUGGUAGGUGAUAAUUAUGUAACAGGAAAUGGAAGUAAUGGAAAUGUGCCUUACCUGCAGCAAAACACACUUACUCUACCUCAUAACUGCACAAACCUGACCAGCACCAUAGGAGAGCCACGGAGAAAACAAGUGUCGGACUCUGCUCAG